GAUCUGUCAACCAAAUGUCAGUUCAGCCUGUAUGUCUGUCUGUUCUGUCACUUUUAUUUACCAUUGUCAUGAAAUUAUUGGGUGGAUUUAUAGAAUUUAAUAUAUCUAAGUCAAUGUUAAUUGCUUCGCAAAUAUAAUUAAUUGUUACCAUUCCAUAAGACAAAGAUGGUAUGGAGGACAACUCUACAACUUGUAAGAAGCCAACAUGGCAAAACUGUGUUCACUGUCCUCGACUACUUUUCACUUCUGCCACGGAAUUUGAAAGGCAUAUACAAGAUAAGCACAGCAUCAAAGAGGGAUCUAUCAUACUGUGUCAGUAUGGGCAAAAUGGUAUGUGUUCCUCUCUGCAGUUUGGUGAUUUACGAAAAGCAGGCUUUAAGUACCACGUAAGGGAGUACCAUUUGUACAUAAAGGACUCUAAUGACGACUGGACUUUCUAUUCUUCCUCACAAAAUCUUCCAGCAGUAUUAAAUGAUCCUAACAGAGGUAAACAAGGCAAUUUUUUUACUAAGACGUGGGGCGACAGUUUUGUUGAAAAGGUUGAUAUAUACCCUAGUCCAUAUUUACCUGAAAUCACAUUAGCACAUUUCGAAUCAUAUUGUAAAAGAGUUGCUAAAAAAUAUCGACGUCAUUGCAGACUGAAAGAAAGUGUUCCAGUUAAAAACAAAACACCUGUGGUUGAAAAUGUUUGUGAGGUGCCUAAUAUAUUCUAUGAACAAUCACUACCAUUAAAUAAUCCAGAAGUAUUUAGCCAAGUAUUUCCUAGUCUAUGUAAUUCUGAAGAACCUAGUAUUGCAAUUAGAUCUCUUCAGGAAACACUAAGUACAUACCUAGAUGUUAUUGAAAUGAAAAUCUCUAAGCAAGUAGCUCAAAAAUCUGAUGCAUUUUUUCAUGCAAUGUUGUCUCAUGACACCAUAAUGGAGCAGAUGGCUAGAGCUGUGAAUACUGUAAGAAAAACCAGACAAAACAUAACCCAUGUAAAAGGUAAUUUAACUGAAUGUCCUCUGAAAUUAGCAAGUUUGACAAGAAUUAAUCAAAAUUUGAACAAUGUUCAUGAUCUUUUAAAGUUAAUGGGGACUGUACAGCAAACACAACCAAUGAUACAACUGCUAUUGAGCACUUCAGAUUAUGUAGCAGCCUUGGACUUGAUUAGCUCCACCCAAAAGGUAUUAUCAACACGCUUAUCAGGAAUACAAGCAUUUCGUCAUUUAUCCCCACAACUAACUGAAAUGAAAAGAUUGAUACAUAAGAUGUUAAGCAAUGAAUUUUUAAGAUUCAUUGUCACAGACCUUAAUAGACCUCCGAAAGAUGACACAGAAAUACCAGAAAGAGAAAAAAUUGUAUCAAUAGUUUCUGGAAUCCUCCGCCUUAAGGAAUUCGAUUUUAUUGACACUUUUAAAAUAGAAGCAAUGACAUCUAUUCAAGCUACAAUCAAACAAUCUGUUAUAGAAAUAAUAUCUGAAAGAGAUGGCAACACAGAAAUUGUUUUAAGGGGAUCUAAUGCAGACAAUAUGUGGCUACUGUGUAAUGAAGGUAUAACAUUUCUGGAAAAAGUUACUCCAAAUUUAAUCAUUUUAUUCAAAAGAAUAUUAUCUUUACACAACUUGAUAUUAGAAAUUACUCAAAUGGAUGAUGUUACUGGAAAUGAUAGUGAAGAUGUGUGGUCACCUGAGGAAUUAGUUGCUGUGGAAGAAAAGUUAAAAAAAAUGAUAGGAUCUCUCUCUGACUAUUGCAACGAAAGAUGUGCUAAUCUUAUAGUAACUAAAACAGACAAAGAUUAUGUUUUUUCUGAUAUGUCUCAAUUAUCAACUUUAUCUAAACUCAUCGAAAAUUUCUGUGAUGAAUGUGAAGAAAUCACUGGACAUUGUAGUAAUGCAAUGAAGCUAGCUUUAAGAAGCUAUGCUAUGAAGUAUAUACAAUGUUUACACGCUGAAAGAAGAACUCAAUUGACUUCUGCUCUAAAUACAGAGAGAUGGAAAGCUGCAGAUGUACCUUGUGAGUUACAGAGUGCAAUAAAUAUAAUUUACGAAUCAGGCGAAAUACCAAGUGCUGUACAAUAUGACAGUGGCAAACCUGAUGGAAAAUAUUUAUUAAUUAAUAAGGAAAGUUAUGCUGUUGUAGCAACAGUACAACUGUUAAUAAAAAUAUUGUUGGAAUAUUGUGAUGCGACUAAACAAUCUCCUGUCAUUGUUCAGUAUUUGGUUCAUUGCAUGUUAGAAUUGAUCCGGUUAUUCAAUUCUCGGUGCUGCCAAUUAGUCUUAGGUGCUGGAGCAAUACAAAGUGCUGGCUUAAAAACUAUCUCUACAUCAAAUCUAGCUUUGGUUUCUAGAUCCCUACAGGUAGUCAUGUGGUUUCUACCCAAGAUAAGAGGGUUGCUUGAGAAACAGCACUCUAAAGAUUUGUCACUUAAUGGUUUUAAUAAUAUAGAGAGUGAUAUAGUGAGCCAUAAGCAAGAAAUAGAGAAUAAGAUUUGUCUCAUAGUAAGUAAUAUGCUUGCAUCUCAACUGAACGGGUGGGAUGCUAAACCACCAGUUCCAUCUCAAACAUUCCGAAAUAUUUCUAAACAUUUAGUUAAGUUACAUGAAGCACUUAUUGAUAUCUUUCCUAAUGAACAAAUAAGAACCAUUUAUAAAAGAGUACAUGAUAAUUUCAAAGACAAGCUUAGAGAACAAUUAGUGAAGAUGAAUAUUGUAGCAAAUGGAAGCCCUCAGCAUGGUGUGGUUACUUCAGAAUUAACUUUCUACUUACAAACCCUCAAAACAUUACGGGUUAUAAAUGACAAUGAUGUAGAGGACAAUAUAUUGUAUGAUAUUUGGUUAAAUUAAGUUUAUAUGAUAUAGAAAAAUAUUCUGUAGCCAUUUUUGUUAAAAGAAAUUUACUUUAUCAUUUCAAACAAUAUUUAAAGUUUAAAAAAUUAAUGGUGUUUGUAUUCUGGAACAAAAUAAACUUGGUAAAGGCCAAAGAAAACUUCAUUGUAAAACCUAAUACUUACUUACUUACCAAUAUGAUUAAUGGAAUUGAUGUAUUUAUGUAUUAUGUAAAUAAACAUAUAAGUUUAAAUCAUAAAUGUACUUAUUAUAUUUUUUAUUUUAUUUAAAGUGUAGUUAAAGCAGAACAUCCUUAAGAAUUGGAGUAUCUAACACACUUAAGUACUGGCUGAUUGCUUGUUGAAAAAUAUGUAAAUGGUUGAUGUAUUUAUUCCAAAUGUUAAUAAAAAAAACAUCACAUGUUUGUUGCACUUGCUUAAGUUAAUUAUUCGUAAUGUUAUACCCAAUGUCAUCCUGUUGGAUUUUAUAUCUGUGUGAACCUCCCGAACUAACUAAUAAUAACAAUAGAAAAUAAAUAAUUUGAAAAAUUAUUUGUAUGCAAUGAAUGCUAAUAACCAAAAACACUUGAAUAUAUUUAUUAUUUCAUUAUAAUAAAUGAUUAGACCUUCUAGCAAAAUAUUCCUAACUAUCGGAUUGUUAUGAUUAAGCAAGGCAAGACCCCAAAGACAAAUAUCACAUGCAAGCUUUUUGAUACAUUAUACAGAACAGAUAAUAUAUUAUAGCUGUAUAGACAUUGUCAAGAGAAAAUAUCUUAAUCCAACGUUAAGAUAUGUAUAGCCUUACAGAACGUAGGUACUUGGCUUUAAAAAUAUAUUUAUAUUAUGAAUGUAGCAUUUAAUUUUUCUCAAGAUUUUACACAUACUAUGUGCUAAUGUAAUGUGUCUAAUUUAUUUGAUCUUGUUAAAGUUAUAACAAGUGAAAUAAGGGCAUGUGGUGUACCAUACUGCACUAGUUGCCUAUUGGCACACUUAUAAAAUCGCUGUAAAAAGACAUAGGUACUGCAAAUGAGAAAUUUUACUUAAGAAACGUGAUGAGUGAAAUGCAAUUUUUGUGGAUUUUAUAGAAAACAAACUUAAUUUUGUUAUUCCUCUUUAUUGUAUGGGUACAUACAUUUAAUAAACAACAUAUAAAAAUAUUAACAGCCAUUACUAUGUUUAAGAAACUAAAUAAAACUAUGUACCAAUAUUAGACAAAGAGCAAUGAAUGAGUUUAGCAAUGAAAUUGUUUACAACGUAAAAACUUAUUAUUUUUAUCACAUUCAUUUUUAUCUUUGGCUAUCCUCUUAUAUAAAACAUCCUCUAAAAUAAAAUGUUGAUUACAA